AUGUUCAAGCGUCACGUAUUCCAUCUGUCACUGAGGCCAAGAAGGCGGUCAGCGGGCCAGUACAAGGCUCGUAAGCAUAUUGAUAUUGCUACUGCAGCGACAGCAUCGUUAGAAAAUCUAAACGAACCGUUGUUGAGCAUCGAGGAGGAUUUUGGUGACGAGGAUGAUGACGACAACGAAAAUGAGAUAGGUGGAUAUCCAGGAACUAUUACACGGGUCAGAUUAUUUUUUUUUUUUUUGAAUUUCAUGACUGAUAAGACGGGAAAAAUCCUGAAAUUAGGGUAG